AUGCAAGCAGCAGCUUGGUUAGUCAAUACUAGUUCUUUAUACCAAGAGCAAGGAAUAACUCUUGAUCCAACCUGGAUGACAAGUAUUGAAAAAGAAAUAGUUUCUGAUAAUCAGUGCAUUAAGAAUACAAAUAUUUCAGGUGAUAAUUUAGAUACUCCAGAAGACGAAGCAGAAAUACCAGCAGGUGUAACUGACAGUAUGUUAACACCUCCAGAUUUUGUCGAUGGUCGUGAAAGGCAAGAGAUAUACAAUUUUGCCCCAGGAGAAGGUAAUAGACCUCUUAGUAUCUUUAGAGAUCAGUACUCAGAAGAAAUGGCUUACCCAGGGAUAUUCCUGGGUCAGAAAAGACCAGAUGACAAAAAUAGAUUAAAAAGUGUUUAUUAUAGUGAAAUAUGCAAAUCAGAAUUAAGGCGGUCAUAUCGACGAGCUGCAAUGUGUAUAGAAAAUUUUUUUUUUAAAGCAAAAAAGUUACAGAUGAAGUUAUUGUUGGGGCAAUUGCAAAUUGCAUUGCGAAAAUGCAAAAUAGGAAACAGAACACUUACUGCGGGUCAAUUAAAAACACCCGAAGGUUUAGCAAGUUUAAUUUGCCAUGAUGAAGGCUACAAAUUCUUAAGAGCAUUAAGAGGUUCACCACCUUACUUUGAAAAAGCUAAAAAAGAUUUGUUUGCUAUGAUUUGCCAACUAGGACCAGCCUCACUUUUUUGCAGUUUUUCUUCUGCAGAAACAAAAUGGACCCAUUUAUUGAGGAUCCUUGGUAAACUUAUUGAUCAUAAAGACUAUAGUGAUGAUGACCUCGAGAACCUAACAUGGGAGGAAAAAUGUAGACUAAUCCAAAGUGACCCAGUUACGUGUGCUCGACAUUUUGACUUUCAAUUUAAUACUUUCUUGAAAGAUUUUUUAAUGAGUGAACUUGCUCCAUUAGGGAAAAUGAAAGAUUGUUUUUACAGGGUUGAGUACCAACAACGAGGUUCACCUCACAUACUCAUGCUAAUAUGGCUUGAAAAUGCACCUGUAUUUGGUGUUGAUAAAGAUGAAGAUGUAAUUGCAUUUAUUGAUCAAAUCAUAACUUGUACUAAGCCAGAAAAUGAUUCAAAGUUACCUGAACUGGUAACCAGGCAAACACAUAGGCAUUCUCACACAUGCCAAAAAAAAUCUAAAAACGUUUGUAGAUUUAACUAUCCUCAACCACCAAUGAGGUCUACACACAUACUGUAUCCACUUGAUGACGAUACUUCUCAGAUUCUCAUAAGAAACAGAAAAGUCUUGUGGAAAGACAUUAAGAAUAAACUAAAUGAUCUAAAAGAAGGUAAGGAUAUAACAUUUGAUCAACUUCUAGAAGAGCUGGGUGUUUCAGAACAUGAAUACAUUCUUGCUAUUCGAUCAUCUCUAGGUUGUCCUACAAUAUUUCUUAAAAGAAGUCCAAAUGAAUUAAGAAUAAAUAAUUAUAAUUCCCCCUGUCUCCUUGCCUGGAGAGCUAAUAUGGACAUCCAGUUUGUUCUAGAUGUUUAUGCUUGUGCAAUGUACAUUGUCUCCUAUAUUUCAAAAGCUCAAAAAGGAAUGAGCGAAUUGUUAUGUAGGGCUUGUACUGAAGCAAAGGAUGGUAAUUCCAGUAUAAAGCAACAGGUUCGUGAUAUUGGAAACAAGUUUUUAAACUCAGUUGAAAUUAGUGCUCAAGAAGCAGUGUAUGUUGUACUGCAACUUCCAAUGCGAAAGUCUUCUCGAAGUGUGGUGUUCAUCAACACAUCACCUCCUGCUGAACGAGUUGAAUUACUCAAGCCAUUAAGUGAAAUAGAAAAGAUAUCAGAUGAAUCUGAAGAAAUUCAUUCAGGUGGUUUGUUAAAAAGAUAUGUCGAACGACCCGACUGUUUGCAAAAUAUUACCUUAGCUGAUUGGGCAGCAUGGUAUGACUCGUGCGGGAAACAGAAUAACAGAAAAGCAAAAAAGGCUGAUAUUGACAACCUUCCACUAGAACCUGAGGAUGGAAAUAAUGAUGAUGAAUUAUUGAAUUAUGACCAUUCCAUGACAAGUGACCCAUCACUCAAAUCAGUGAAGAAAAGAUCACAAGCUAGAAUCAUUCGAAGUGUUUGGUUUAAUAAAGACGCUCAACCAGAAAAACAUUAUCGAGAGUUGAUCAUGCUGUUUACACCAUGGCGGAAUGAACAUACUGAUUUAAUGAGAAAUUCUUCUUCUUUUCAAGAACACUAUCUAGCUCGGUAUGAUGAGAUAGGCGAGCAGAUGAGACAAUAUGCAGUCUGUAGUGAAGACUUAAAUGAAAUUCAACAUCACUUGCAAGAAUGUGAUGAUGAUAUGUCUGAUAUGUUUGAUACUAUAGCACCAGUCAAACAAGACACUGAACGUCAAGAUGAGGAUGAAGAUAAUACAGACACACAUCCAGAUUUGAAUGAAACUUAUGAUCUUUCUGAGGAUUUAGGUAUCCCAUCAUCCUUACCAAAAAUGAACCACUCAUUUUGA